AUGACCGAGAUCUUUCUGCCGGAGCACUACGACCUGGUCGCAAGACCUCUCGCUAUCGCCUUUCAGACAGAGGAUCGGCUCGAAAUCCUCCGGCUACUCCGUCCUAUCUUUCCCCAGCUGGGGCUACACGAGACACCCCUCCCUCAUCCCAUUCUCCCCGUCAUCCGGAGGUCUGGCUGGCGUAAGGUAGUAAGGUCUGGCGACGUCUCCUGCGCUCUGCUGUACCUCUUCUUCAGCUUCGCGGUCCUCAAUUUCACCGAGUAUAAAGUCCCCACCAUCAUCAUGGGCACCUACUUCGUCCCCACGGCAACUCGGGCCUGGUUAAACUACCGACUGCCUCUCGCCAGCCGGGCUGGUAUUCGUCGGGAAGAGGCCGGUUGGUGGGGAGUGUUGUCAGACACUCUCCACGCGUUGUGUGGGGAGAAGAACUUGCCCCGCGAGGUCGAGGAGGAUAUUAUCAAGGGUGGUAUGACUUUGACAAGUCAGAUAGGGUGCAAAGUGGAAGAGCUCGAGGUGAUGUCAGAGGCCAAAGUGCGAUUCACCAAACGGGAGGAGCUUGAUAUGGCAAGGUUCCGGUUGGACUUGGAGAUCGCCAAGAUCGAGGGAACAAGCGCAGCGAACCUGCGGCAGAAGAGGCGGGAAAAAGAACAGGAGUGGCGGAUGGAGAGGGAGAAGAAGGAGAUGGAGGCGGCGCAGGAUGUGGAGGUGACCAAGGACGAUGACGACGACGACAAGCUCAAGGAGGGCGGUGAGGGCGAGGCGGAGUCUUCCGAGGGCGACGAUAUCCCCUUGACCUUCAAGGAGUUCUCCACGGCCGCCAAACCCAUGAAGGUCGUGAUUAGUCCGGCGAAGGCGACAAACCCGGUCGAAUUCAAGGCGAACAGUACGCAAAUGAGUACCGGAAGCUUUGGCUGGUCGGCAUCUAAGAAAGCCACAUUGCCGGUUGACGGUAUUGAGCGAGACGUGACGAUUACCGUCAACAUCACCCUCAUCGACUCUGGCGAGAAGUCCAAGACCGCAGCGAAGGCCGGGGCGUCAGCCUCCCCUACCAAGGCCAGCACGGCGACCGCCAAGGGGACAAAGAAGAAGCGCAAAGCGUCCGAAGAGUCUGACCAGGAGGAGGACGGAUCCGAGUGA